CACCAACUCAAGCUCUUUCCAUUUUUGUUUCUCUUCAAAGAGUGUUCAUAUUUCCUUCAUUUCCUCCCUUUAUUUCUUCUUACCAGUAGGAAACCCCAUACUAUGAUGAAUGGGUUUAGAGAAGAAGAUUCAAGGUGUUAUUUCCAUCCUAAAGAAGUUGUUAUGGGGGUUUGUGCUUUGUGCUUGAACGAGAGGCUUCUUAUCUUAGCUUCAAAGCAAGCCCAACGCUCUUCAUCAUCAUCAACCAAAGGCAGCCAUAGAUUUAUUCAAGGUGUUUCAUUGAAGAAACCUCCCAUUAACCUCCCCAAGAUCUUUGCUUUAGGUUCACUGCUCAAUCGUCUUGAGUUCAACCAUUGCAAAUCUGAACAUUCUGAUGCUCAUGAUUCUUCAACCAGUCAAGAAGAUUCCUUUAUCUCAAUCAAAUUUGAAGAGAAUGGUGUUGGUUCUUGGGAAAAAGGAACAAUUUCUAAGGUAUCUCUUGAGCAUUGCAACGUGUCACGGAACCCAACCUUGACCAAGGGCAUGGAUGUCACCAAGGAGACCAAUAAGAGCGUGAUCGAGCAUUCGAAACCACGAGCCUCGCUUAGGUGGCGGAAGCGGAUUGGCCACUUGUUCCAGCUCAUAAGGUGGAAGAGGUCAAGCAAGGCCAAUGCGUGCCACAUGGGCAACAAGGUAGAUGGUGUGAAAGUGAUGAGAAGGAAGGGAUGGAUGAGGACUCUGACAAAGUGGACCAAAGAAUAAAGACAUGCUUUUGUAUAGAAAGGGACACUAAAGCUGUGCUUUUUUCCUCCAUACCAAUUUGUGUGUUGGGGCUCUCUCAUAUAAUUGAGAAAUGGGUAAGAGUCAAAAUAUACUUUAUCACCCUAAAGUGCUAGCUUUGGCUUAAAGUUCAUUGGCUUCUUCUAUUCUGUUCUGAUUUUCUGAUCAACAAAACCAGCUGUAAAAGGAUUGUUUUUACAAUGCGCCACUCAUUUCAGAUUGGUUUAGGCCAUUCCUUAUACAAAAAGAAAUAUUUGUAUAUUUUUUCUCUCCAUACUGAUACUUGAAGUCCCCAUGUCUUGUGCACAAAGUGAGGAACAUUGUAGCAUAAUUUCACAAGGGCCACAAGGCCAA